ACAAAUUGCGGGGGCGUCACGGACAGAGGACUUGGGCUGAGGCUCCCCCGCGGGCGGGCGCAGAGAGACGCGGGAAGCAGGGGCUGGGCGGGGGUCGUGGCGCCGCAGCCAGCGCAGCCAGCCCCAGGGGCCGCCGCCUCUGCUGCCGAGCGCGCUCCCGGGCCGCCGGCCGCCUUAGCACCCGCCGCGUCGCAGCUCCGGGACCGGCCCCGGCCGCGACGCCGCCGCGAUGGGCAACGCCGCCGCCGCCAAGAAGGGCAGCGAGCAGGAGAGCGGCAGGGCCUCCUGAGGACUGGCAGCCACACUGGUGCAGCAGAUCUUAUGAGGCUUCCCAGCCACCGUAGUGCUAGUGCCCUGAGAAAGACUGAGUGAUGGCUUCCAGCUCCAACGAUGUGAAAGAGUUCUUAGCCAAAGCCAAGGAAGAUUUUCUGAAAAAAUGGGAGAACCCUUCUCAGAAUACAGCCCAGUUGGAUCAGUUUGAUAGACUCAAGACCCUUGGUACUGGCUCCUUUGGGCGUGUGAUGCUCGUGAAGCACAAGGAGAGCGGGAACCACUAUGCCAUGAAGAUCUUGGACAAACAGAAGGUGGUAAAGCUGAAGCAGAUCGAGCACACUCUGAAUGAGAAGCGCAUCCUGCAGGCUGUCAACUUCCCGUUCCUGGUCAAACUUGAAUUCUCCUUCAAGGACAACUCAAACUUAUACAUGGUCAUGGAGUAUGUGCCUGGUGGAGAGAUGUUCUCUCACCUACGGCGGAUCGGAAGGUUCAGUGAGCCCCAUGCCCGUUUCUACGCGGCGCAGAUCGUCCUGACCUUUGAGUAUCUGCACUCCCUGGACCUCAUCUACCGGGACCUCAAGCCCGAGAACCUUCUCAUCGACCAGCAGGGCUAUAUUCAGGUGACAGACUUCGGUUUUGCCAAGCGUGUGAAAGGCCGUACUUGGACCUUGUGUGGGACCCCUGAAUACUUGGCCCCCGAGAUUAUCCUGAGCAAAGGCUACAACAAGGCUGUGGACUGGUGGGCUCUCGGGGUCCUCAUCUACGAGAUGGCUGCUGGUUACCCGCCCUUCUUCGCUGACCAGCCUAUCCAGAUCUACGAGAAAAUCGUCUCUGGGAAGGUGCGGUUCCCAUCCCACUUCAGUUCUGACUUGAAGGACCUGCUACGGAACCUUCUACAGGUGGAUCUUACCAAGCGCUUUGGAAACCUCAAGAACGGGGUCAAUGACAUCAAGAACCACAAGUGGUUUGCCACAACUGACUGGAUUGCCAUCUAUCAGAGAAAGGUGGAAGCUCCCUUCAUACCAAAGUUUAAAGGCCCUGGGGACACGAGUAACUUUGACGACUAUGAGGAGGAAGAGAUCCGGGUCUCCAUCACUGAGAAGUGUGGCAAGGAGUUUACUGAGUUUUAGGGGUGUGCUUGAGCCCCAUGGGUUUUCUUUUUCUUUAUCUUUUUUUUUUCUUUUUCUUUAUCUUUUUUUUUUUUUUCUGGUUGGGGGUGGGAGGGUUGGAUCGAACAGCCAGAGGGCCCUAGAGUUCCAUGCAUCUAAUUUAA